GGCGCUUGUUACUUGGUAUAGGUAGUACAGAUAUAUCGUGGGUUGCAACUGGAGUAAAGAGAAUAGGUCCUUAUGGCAUAUGCUACUAUGGCGGCUGAGAAAGAAGGAAUGAGUGAGGGAGAUCAAUCCACCAGCCAGGAGGUGGAACAAACAGCAGAAGGUGAGAAUCUGAGUCCUGAAAUGUUAAUCAAACACCCUCUUCAAAACAGGUGGAGCCUUUGGUUUUACAUGAAUGACAAGAGCAAGGCUUGGGAGGAGAAUCUAUUGGAAAUUACUUCCUUUGACACAGUUGAAGAUUUUUGGGCGUUAUAUAAUCACAUAGAGGUGGCUAGCAAGUUAAGAAUGGGAUGUGAUUAUGCGUUGUUUAAGUAUGGGAUUAAACCUAUGUGGGAAGAUGAAAGAAAUAAAAAAGGUGGAAGAUGGUUAAUAAACCUCAAUAGAAAUCAGCGUUCUUCAGACUUAGAUGCUUACUGGCUAGAAAUUGUGAAGCUUGCUCCUAUAAGAAAGUGUAAGGCUGCAUUUCGUUACUUUUACAGAAAAAAAUUGAAAGAAAGGUUAAACAUGAGUCCCAGACAGAUGAUUGGAUUUGAGGCUCAUGCUGACACACAGUCCAAAACUGGAUCUUCAGCAAAAAACCGCUAUCAAGUUUAACAUUUAUGGAUCAAAAUAGCUACACACAUUAUAUUCCCUCUUGCUUGAAAUGAAUGAGAAAGGACUGUUUGGUGUGGGAAGAGACUAAAUGGUGAGAGGUCUGGGGCCAACUUUUGCAUCUGUGUCUUGAUAGCCUCAGUUAACUCUCACCAGAAGGUGGUUGUGGAGUGGAAAUAUCAACCAAACCAGCCGUUCGUUAUUUAUAGUGCAGUACAGUUUGUCUUUAUUUUUAUGUUGUCAGUUUCUUCUCUUCAAGUAGCUUGUGAUGUCUGCAUUCCAGGUUGAAAUUAACCCUCUACCUGGAAGAGGUUCCCGAUCAAGAAGUCUUUUAGCAAAAAAAAUCAGCCAGUAUGAAUAACCAGUAUGCUGUGUAGUUAACUUGACUGUUUAUGUUUGUAUGUUAAGUUUAACAUAUUGGACUUAGUUUUGGGUGCCCAAAGCUCUAAGGUUGAUGUUUUCUCUUAAUUAUCAAGUGAAAUGAGUGGAUUUAAAUUAAGAUUUUUUUUUCUUUGUAAUGUGCCUAUAUUUGUUGUAGCCUAUUAGAGGUCAGGGUUUUCUACACAGCUGAAUAAAAAAGCUGAAAUGUUU